GGACUUCUCACAAUUGCGUUCUUCUCGUUGCUUAAAAUUUACUUGGUGUCUUUUUACUACCGACUUCCUCGCUCUUUCCUCUCCUCCCGUCUCGCGGUCCUAUCGCUCACCGUGUCCCGGUUCCGCCUUGAUUCCUCGUUCUACAGCCGAAUCAUGAAGGUUGCGAGUGGUACCGCCGCUGCCGCUGGCCCCAGUUGCGCUCUCAAGGCCGGGAAGGUGUCCGGAGGUGCCGGGGAAGUAGUGCGCUGCCUGUCGGAACAGAGCGUUGCUAUCUCGCGCUGCGGCGGGGCCGGCACCCGGCUCCCUGCCUUGUUAGACGAGCAGCAGGUGAACGUGCUGCUCUACGACAUGAACGGGUGCUACUCCCGCCUUAAGGAGCUGGUGCCUACGCUCCCCCAGAACCGCAAGGUCAGCAAGGUGGAGAUCCUGCAGCACGUCAUUGACUACAUCUGGGACUUGCAACUGGAACUGGACUCUCAGGCCGCCGGCACCCCAGGGGGCCGGGGCCUCCCCGCCCGGGCACCCCUCAGCACCCUCAACGGCGAGAUGAGUGCCCUCGCGGCCGAGGCUGCCUGCGUUGGUGCAGAUGAUCGUAUACUGUGCCGCUGAGUCGUCCGUCAGACGACCACGGACUCUGGAAGCUGGGGCGAGAGAGAAAAGCGCCCGUGGGUUUCCCAGAUUUCCCCAUUCCCCUCCCGUCCUCGUGAGGAAAGGGACCGUCGGGAGCCUUGCUGUCCUGCGUGGAGGGGGGUGACCUCACGAACCCCGUGGGAUGAGCUGGCCCAUCCCAGCGCCCCGUUGGGGUUAGGGGGCAUGGAGUCGCUGCAGCCCCAGGGGCCAGAGACCUCUGGGUCCCAUUGAGACUCUUGACUUCUCCGUGCUCGGGGGAGACCUGUUUAUUAUAUUUUUUAAAGACAUUCCUUGAAAAAAAUGUAAUUUGUUUUUUGCUUCUCAGAUUUCUGAGAAAAUAAUUGCCUGUAUUGUAUAUUACAAUGAUUAUUGAGAAUAUUGUUUUUUACAAUAGUGUGU